AUGGAUUUAGGAGAAGGAUGUACUGGACGUUACAAAGGAGUUAUUCUAGCGGCUCCACAACAAUAUCACACGCGAAAGUUAAUUGAGGCACCUGUGAAUAAACCAAUAAUGGAAAUAAAUGAAGUACCUAUGCCUCAAGUAAUUGCUCAACCAGAAACCUUAACUACAAGUUUAAAAGACAUCAAAGAAUUGCAAGUCAUAGUGAAGCAACACAAGAAAGGAAACAUAAAAUUAAAAGAAAUAAAAAUACAUCAUGCUACCGGACACAUAUCAUUGCUAUUCUUUAUAGUCGGCGUGCUAUAUUUAUUUGAUGAAAUUUGUGACGAUGACGCUCCCUAUGACUUUGACUCAGAAGAUGAAGAAGAAAUUCAAAUCAAUGACAUUGAAAUUGCUGAUGACGAUGCUGAAGUUUCGCAAAGUGCCGCAGAAGUAUUACCUGAUUAUGCGGACUAUGAGAAUGAUGAAGAAGACAAUGAAGAAGAAGAAGUAGAAGAAAAUAAUGAAUUACCUGCUAGUGCCGAAAAAUUUGUUGCACGUGAUGGUACUGAGUGGAUGAAAGAACCAAAUGUAAGUCGUCAGGUACUCAGACAAAAUAUUAUAAGAGAACGUUCUGGACCAGCUAGAUGCACUAAAAUGUUGUCAAUAGAGCAAACAUUCAAAUGUUUUAUAAACGUUGAAAUGGCUGAUAUAAUUAUGCGCUACACAAAUAAGUUAGCAAAAGAAACUUAUAAUGCUUACAACAAUGCGCAUCCAAACACAACUCCUAAGUCAUGGACGCCUGUGUCAAUAACAGAGCUGUAUGCAUUUUUUGGCAUACUUAUUAUGACUGGUGCGAACCAUAGCAAUGGAGAACAUGUUCGAGAUUUAUGGAGCGUCAAAAACUAUCCUUUAUAUCGCGCCACAAUGGGAGUCAACCGUUUCUGUUCGAUAUUGCGGUUCCUAAGAUUUGACGAUAAAAACACUCGUGCAACACGCUUACUAACUGAUAAAGCAGCACCGAUCAGUGAGUUGUGGAUGAUGAUGAACAAUAAUCUUGCUGCACAUUACAAGCCCAGUUCAUGCUUGGCGAUUGAUGAACAAUUAUUUCCUUACCGUGGACGCACACGGUUUACGCAGUACAUACCGUCAAAUCCUGCUAAAUAUGGUGUCAAGGUUUGGUGGAUUUGCGCUGCCACAAAUGCAUAUCCACUGCAUGGACAAAUAUAUACUGGCCAAGCAGAAACUGGUAGGGAAACGAACCAAGGCGAACGAGUGGUGAAGGAUUUGUCUGCCAAAUACCAAGGAAGUGGCCGAAACAUUACAAUGGACAAUUUGUUUACGACCUUGCCAGUUGCAGAACUGCUUCUCACCUGGAAACUCACGAUCGUUGGAACUUUGCGCAAAAACAAAUCAUAUAUUCCCCAAAAAAUUAAGCAGAACAAAAACAGGACAAUUGGUUCAACGACAUUUGGCUUCAAAAAUAAUGUGACAAUGUGCUCUUAUGUUCCCAAAAAAAAUAAAGCAGUAAUUUUGCUUUCGAUCAUGCAUAAUGAUGCUAAAAUAGCUGACAGUGGGAAACCUGAAAUAAUUGAAUAUUAUAAUCGUACCAAAGGUGGUGUUGAUCGAAUGGACCAAAUGUUUGCGGAAUAUCCAACACAAAGACAAACAAAACAAUGGCCACUAGCGAUGUUCUUCAACAUGUUGGACAUUACAGCUCUUGCAGCCUACAUUGUCUACGAUUUGAAUAACCCUAUGUUGCCUUCGAGAACAAACAACAAGCGUAAGCAGAUCCUGCGCAGCUGGCUGAAGCAUUGUGUAUACCCAUUAUUGAAGCCAGAGCCAUAA